AAAGUGGGUGUUCAUGGUGUACUUUUAUACAAAUAAACAUUUGAUGAAGAAAUUCAUAUUUAUUCGUGGUAAUGACGUUCUAAAAAGAUAACAAAAUGGAAGGGCUACCUUCCGGCGAUAUUCAAGCCAAGUACCAGAAGCUAGCAGCGGAAUAUUCCAAGUUGAAAGUUCAUGUGAAGGUGCUCAAGAAAGGGGUCUUAGACGAGCAGGCAAAAUCCAAUGAAUUGCGGGAAUUGCUUAAAGAUAAGGAAAAAACAUUGCGUAAAGGUGAACUUGAAAUAGAUUCUUUAACAUUUAGAAAUCAACAAUUGACGCGCCGUGUAUCCGUACUACAAGAAGAGCUGGAAAACAUUCAAGCCAAACUUACAAAAAAAUUAAAAGGCAAGGCUGAGGAAAAACAACUUCCAACAAACAGCUCUUCAACAUUUGAUUCUGGGUUACUUCAAGAAGAAUUACAGAAGAAAAUUAUUGAAAAUGCCCAAUUUGCUUCACAGCUUUCAGACAAAACCUUUGAAAUAUCCCAACUCCAAGCUACUAUUGAUGAUUACCAUAGACAAAUAUGUGAAAGUGAUAACAAAUAUAAAUGUGAAAUCGCCAAGUUAAAAAAUAAAAAUCAAGAGUUGCAGUUUGCAUUAGAAGAAGCACAAAAGGAUAGAACGGGAAACAUAUCUAGAACACACUUAUGUAGUCAGGCUGCCAGUUGUAAUGGAGAUUUCCUGUCAGAAGUUGGAAGCUUGAUGGGCAGUGAGGAUGCCUUAAGUUCUGUAGAUGAUUUACAUGUUAAUGAUCAACUCAUCAAUAAAGUACAUACAUUAGAACAGGAAAAUCAAAAACUUCGGAUGGAGUAUGAAAUGUUACAAUUGGAAAACGAAAGUUUGAAAUUAGAAAUAGCCAAACAUGUGUCCGCAUCACAAAAACGUAGAGGAGAGAUGCACGACUCUGGGGAUUUCAAUAGUUUUAAUGAAACAUCAGCAGAUGGAGAUAAUAGAGUCACAGGGCUUUUAGGGAGUUUGGAAGUUCCGUUCCUGAUAAACCACGAACUUCAAGCGCGGGAAGAACGCAUGCAGACAUACUUUACAAACAAGAUCAGAGAUCUCAACCAACAAAAAGACGAAUUGAGGAGCAAGACUGAACAUUAUGUUAAAGAGUGUGAGAUGCUUCGACUCAGGUUUGAUGAAAUGGAGCUGGAGAAAGAGACUGACAACAGAACAAUACAGGAUAAACACAACACUAUCAGUAGGCUUGAGGAGGAACUGCAGUCGACGUCACGGAACUACGAGCAGCAGCUGUCGGUGCUGUCGGAGCACGUGGCCGGCCUGCACGAGCAGAUCGCCGCGCAGCACGACGCCAUGCAACAUCACGGCCACAGGAGGAAAUAGCACCACCAGGUUACGUCAUUAAACUUUUUUUCUGGAAAGCUCAAGCCAUUACGGUUGGCCGUGUCGCGUAAUAUUUUUUUUCUACAUUCGGCUCAAGCCACAAUAGCACACGCCACUGAGUAUGACACAAAUUCGGAUUUCGGAUGGGAUCAUGUUGCGAUCUGAAUGAGUUGUAAGACAUUAUAAUCAUGUUUUAAUAUUACUCCUAAUUAUUGUUGUAUGGUUUGAGCUUUAAGUUUCACGCCCAAAAUCAUUGGCGAUACAAUCAGGGAUUAUUUAAUAUUUAUUAAUUUCUUAUUUUUACGAAAUUUAAAAUUGCCUUUUUAAAUAAAAUAACAGCGUUAUGGAGAUAACCAUCAAGGUCUUUGGAGAUAAUACAUUCCGUCUCAUGUUUCGCUAUGACUCUACCCUCCAUGACGUAUUCUUUAUAAUAUAAUUAUGGCUGUAUUCAUUGCUAUGUCAACACAUAAUUAUUUACUUUGUAAAUGUGAGUGUUUUUGUCAAUAUGUACAUAGAUAAUGUAAAAUGUUCUAUAUUGUCCAGUAAUUCGUAAAUUUUAAUGGUUAAACAUUAUAAAUGGACACAUUUUUACAAAAUAGUUUUAAUGAAAAAUAUAAAGAUAAUAGAUGUAAGCCUGUUUUAUUAGAGGACAUUCGCCAGAUCUGACAAUUUCAUACAAAAUUUUGUUUCUAUUGAAUGUUUCGUCUACAUUUCAGAAAUUAAGUAAAAAAUGGCUAAGGUCUUUAAUUAAUAGGUAAAGGAUUUGAAAACUGUCUGAUUGUAUUAAAAAUCUUAGUUCAGCAAACUGUAGUAUUUUUUGUAGGUAAUUUCAAAGUAUAUAUACACUGUUAUAAAUAUUAAAUGUUUUUGCUCGAUGAAAUAUGAUUAGAACGCAUGGGUGUACCCAGGUAGGGGCAGGGGGGAGGACCGUCUUCUCGAAACAGAUAUGCUGUCCCUAGCUAAAAUCCUGGGUAGGCCCAUCUCAGAAUGUAUACUUUGCGGUGCUUUAUGUUUUAGUUUAGACAUAUUUUUAUUAAGAAGCAUUCCUCAGCACUAAGUAAGGCCUAAUUUUAUACUGAACUACCUUUGUGUAUUAUUUUAUUGGCUAGUGAUUAUCACAUAGUUCUUAAAUUUAAUCAAAUAUACGCGCUUGUACUUUUAAAUUACUUUGUUUGGCUUGUAUCAGCUAUGUACACAUCAAUAAA